AUGGCUGGCCCAGGAAUGACCGGGCUCUCCCGUCAGGUGCGGUGCUUCAGUACAUCUGUGGUCAGGCCAUUUUCCAAGCUUGUGAGGCCACCUAUUCAGAUAUAUGGUGUUGAAGGCCGCUAUGCCACUGCUCUUUAUUCUGCUGCAUCUAAACAGAAUAAACUGGAUCAAGUAGAAAAGGAGUUAAUGAGAGUAGCACAACUUCUGAAGGAUCCCAAAGUGUCUCUUGCUAUUCUGAAUCCUCACAUGAAGCGGUCUAUUAAGGUGAAAACCCUAAAUGACAUCACAGCAAAAGAGAGGUUUACUCCACUCACAUCCAACCUGAUCAAUCUACUUGCUGAGAAUGGUCGCUUGAACAAUACACCUGGAGUCAUUUCUGCCUUUUCCACUAUCAUGAGUGUCCACCGUGGAGAAGUUCCUUGCACAGUUACCACUGCGUCUCCCUUAGACAGCACCUCUCUCUCUGAAUUAAAAACAGUCCUGAACAGUUUCCUAAGUCAAGGCCAAGUGUUGAAAUUGGAGGUUAAGACUGAUCCAUCUAUCAUGGGUGGAAUGAUUGUCCGUAUUGGAGAAAAAUACGUUGACAUGUCUGCAAAAUCCAAGAUCCAGAAGCUGAGCAGAGUCAUGCGGGAGGUUAUAUGA